GGCGAGCAGAGCCGAGCAGCAGCGCCCUGUGGAGCCUUCGCACUGUGUCUGUGGCGAGUGCUCGUGCGGUGUUUGGAGUCCGACGCUCCCGCUCUCCCUCCUUUGGGAUAUUGUGUGCCUGGGAGAGUGAAUAUGGCGGUGGAGGGCGAUCGCGUGGUGGUGAGACGGGCCCUUUGAGUGCCUGCCCCUACCUCCCCCAUCACCACCACCGUAGGCUGUGAGGAGCGAUUCACAGACACAGACAGAGAGGGUACAGCGCCGCCUACCUCUUCCCGCUACCUCCUCCUCUCUCCCUCUCUCCCUCCCUCAUACACACUCACAGAGACACACACACACACACACACACACGCACGCAUACACACGCUCUCUCUCUCUCGCUCUCGCUCUCUUCCUCGCCGCUCUACGAUCAAUCAGUCCUCCGCCCGGUGGAAGCCAUCUUGCCUGAGUAAUCCGCCGCCAUGUCGUCGGUCAAAGUGGCAGUGCGGGUGCGUCCCUUCAACAACAGGGAGAUCAGCCGGGAGAGCAAGUGUAUUAUUGAGAUGGGCGGCAAAACGACCAUCAUCACAAACCCCAAAGCACCUCCAGGCAGCAAAGAUGGAUCCAAGAGCUUCAACUUCGACUACUCUUACUGGUCCCAUGACGUGAGUGAUCCAUCCUUCGCCUCCCAGCAGGAUGUGUUCAGAGACAUUGGCGAGGAGAUGCUGGAACAUGCUUUCGAAGGCUACAAUGUGUGUAUCUUCGCCUAUGGACAGACAGGGGCGGGCAAGUCCUACACCAUGAUGGGCAAGCAGGAGGAGGGACAGGAGGGCAUCAUCCCCCUCAUCUGCAAGGACAUGUUCAACAGAAUUGCUGAGACGACAGAUGGGGAACUGCAGUACUCUGUCGAGGUGAGUUACAUGGAGAUCUACUGUGAGCGUGUGAGAGACUUGCUCAACCCCAAGAAACAUAACAACCUGAGGGUGAGGGAACAUCCCCUGUUGGGCCCCUAUGUGGAGGACCUCGCCAAGCUUGCUGUCACUACCUAUGAAGACAUCCAGAACCUGAUAGAUGAGGGCAACAAGGCCAGGACGGUCGCUGCCACUAACAUGAACGAGACAUCCUCCCGCUCCCAUGCUGUGUUCACCAUUGUCCUGACACAGCGCCGGGAUGACACCACCACGAAGCUGACGUCUGAACGAGUCUCCAAAAUCUCACUGGUAGACUUGGCUGGCUCUGAGCGUGCAGACUCCACAGGGGCCAAGGGAACCCGCCUGAAGGAGGGAGCAAACAUUAACAAGUCCCUCACUACUCUGGGAAAGGUUAUCUCUGGCCUGGCAGAAGUGGCCUCCAAGCCAAACAAGAAGCGGAAAGGAGAGUUCAUUCCCUACCGAGACUCUGUACUGACCUGGCUGCUCCGAGAAAACCUUGGCGGCAACAGCAAGACGGCCAUGGUGGCGGCCAUCUCACCUGCUGACAUUAACUAUGAUGAGACUCUCUCCACCCUCAGGUAUGCUGACAGGGCCAAGCAGAUCCGUUGCAAUGCCGUGGUGAAUGAAGAUGCCAACGCCAAACUGAUCCGCGAACUGAAGGAGGAGAUACAGCGCCUGCGAGAGUUACUCAAACAGGAAGGGAUUGAGGUGCAGGAUGCCGGCCAGGAUGACAAGGUCAUCAAUCGCAAUGACAACCGUCCUGCUAAACUUGCCCCAUGCGAGGAGAUCACCAAGGUUAUGAACAGCAAGAACGAUAAGGAGACACCCCAGAUCACCUCUCCUGUGUCGACUGUUGCUGAGAAUGCAGUGGAUCAGCUUCAGGCUAAUGAGAAACUGAUUGCCGAACUCAAUGAGACUUGGGAGGAGAAACUGAAGCGCACUGAGAGCAUUCGUCUUCAGCGGGAGGCAGUGUUUGCUGAGAUGGGUGUGGCUCUGAAGGAAGAUGGAAACACUCUGGGUAUAUUCUCACCAAAGAAGACACCUCAUUUGGUCAACCUGAAUGAGGACCCUUCCAUGUCGGAGUGUCUACUGUACUACAUCAAGGACGGCUUCACCAAGGUGGGCACAGCUGAGUCCAACAUCCCGCAGGACAUCCAGCUGUGUGGCUCACACAUCAUGCCAGAACAUUGCCAGUUUGAGGGUGUUGUGGUGCUGCACCCAGUGACCAAAGCGAUGUGCUAUGUGAAUGGCAAGGAGGUGGUGGAGCCAAUGGUGCUCAAGACAGGCUCCCGCGUCAUCCUUGGCAAAAAUCAUGUGUUCCGUUUCAACCACCCUGAGCAAGUCCGUGAGCGCCGUGAGACCAAGUCCCCAGCAGAGACACCCAAUGCAGCAGAACAGGCUGACUGGAAUUUUGCCCAAGUGGAAUUGCUGGAGAACCAAGGCAUUGAUCUAAAGGAGGAGAUGCAGAAAAGGCUGGUGGCCCUGGAGGAGCAGUACCAACGGGAAAAAGAAGAGGUGCAGAAGGAGUUCGACAAAGAGAGGAAGAACUACGAGGCAAGGAUUGAUGCAUUGCAGAAGCAGGUGGAGGAGCAGAGCAUGACUAUGUCCCUCUAUUCUUGUAAUAAUGAGGAGUUCACUCAUGAUGAAGACAUAUUUGUAAACCCCUUGUUUGACGCAGAAUGCAACUGGUCGGUACGGGAUUAUGCCUUAGCCUCCUGGGCAUUCCGCAAAUGGAAGUAUCACCAGUUCACCUCCCUGCGUGAUGAUCUCUGGGGAAACGCUAUCUUCCUCAAAGAAGCCAAUGCCAUAUCUGUUGAACUCAAGAAGAAGGUGCAGUUCCAGUUUACGCUUCUGACGGACACACUGUACUCUCCUCUGCCGCCCGACUUCCUGCCUUUGAUGGAUGAGGAAGACGAGGAGGAGGAUGAGGAGGACCGGCCUAUCCCUCGCACCAUUGUGGCUGUGGAAGUUCAGGAUACCAAGAACGGCGCCACGCACUACUGGACACUGGAGAAACUGAGACAUCGUUUGGAGUUGAUGCGUCAGAUCUACAAUUCUGACGUGAGCCCAUGCUCCCCUCUGCCGCCCUCCCCACCGCCUGCCGAGCGUCCUGCGGAGGAGGAGCUGCAGACCUGCAUUCCAGCGUGUAACCAGGCCAAGCUCUCCCUCUCCCAGCUCCUGCCCACCAGGCUUCUCAACACCCGCAUACAGCGCCUGGAGCUGAUGCGGGAGAUGUACCACAAUGAGGCAGAGCUGUCACCCACCUCCCCUGACUACAAUAUUGAGAAUCUGACAGGCGGAGAUCCCUUCUAUGACCGCUUCCCUUGGUUCAGGCUUGUUGGAAGAGGGUUCCUGUACCUAAGCAACUUGCUGUACCCUGUGCCUCUGCUGCAUCGUGUGGCCAUCGUCAAUGAACGUGGUGAUGUGAAAGGAUACCUCAAGGUGGCAGUGCAGGCUGUUAUUGUAUCUGAGGAUGAUGCUGUGGAGAGCACCCAGCCAGCAGGAGUGAGGCAAUCAGCCAGGAUAUCUUUCAAUGAGGGCAGCUUCAAGAGGCCACGUGCCAAGCGAGGCUCUCUCUCGGCCCAGGUGCUGGAGAAGAACACAGCAGCUGCAGCAGAGGAGGAACGCAUUGUGGAGGGACAAGUGGGUCCAGGAGACACUAUCAAGCUUGAAGAUGAGGUGUGUGAAGUGGACAGUGGACGAGGUGACAGCAGUGCCAGUUCAUGUGACAGUGGCAAGUAUGAUGACCUGCCACCCCACCUGCGCCUCGGACAGGAGCUUACCUUCCGUGUCACAGUCCUCCAGGCCUUUGAUGUCUCCACUGAGUAUGCCGACAUCUUCUGCCAGUUCAACUUCCUGCACCGUCAUGAUGAGGCGUUCUCCACCGAGCCUGUCAAAAACACUGGCAAGGGACCCCCACUGGGCUUCUAUCAUGUACAGAAUAUCACUGUCACAGUGACCAAAGCUUUCAUAGAUUACAUCAGGACUCAGCCCAUUGUGUUUGAGGUGUUCGGUCACUACCAGCAGCACCCACUUCACCGAGACUCACGCCAGGACGCCACACACUUCUUACCUCCCGGCAUCCUACCCCCCAAUAGUUCCCGUGGUCCCCCUAAGAGGAUGCAGCCACCCGCUAUUCCCAUCAGCCAGCCCAUCCGCUCCCCGAAGUUCGGUGUGAUGCAGAGCCCAUCCACUUCCCACGUGCACGCCAGGCAUGACCUCCUCGUCUGGUUCGAGAUCUGCGAGCUAGCCCCGAAUGGAGAGUACGUUCCUGCAGUAGUGGAGCACGGGGACGACCUGCCUUGCCGCGGCCUCUUCCUCCUCCACCAGGGCAUCCAGCGACGCAUCCGUAUCACCAUUGUGCACGAGCAUUCACAGGACCUGGUGUGGAGGGACGUGAGGGAGCUUGUGGCUGGUCGAAUCCGUAGUACCCCUGAAAAUGAAGACGACAAUAAUGACACCUCAGUCCUCUCCCUUGGAAUCUUCCCUGGCGAGUACCUUGAGUAUCCUGGCGAGGACCGCACUCUCUUCCGCUUCGAAGCCGCCUGGGACUCCUCUCUCCACAACUCAGUGAUGCUCAACCGUGUCACUCUGCCUGGCGAGCACGUCUACAUGACCAUCUCUGCUUAUCUGGAGCUGGAGAACAACGCCCAGCCAGCUAUCAUCACCAAGGACCUUUGCAUGGUGGUGUACGGCAGGGACUCACGCACCAUACCCCGCUCCCUUCGUCACAUCUUCAGCGGCUCAUACAAGAACGCUGAGGCCAACCGGAUCUGCGGGGUCUAUGAGACAGUUCUGAAGAGAGCGACUGAAGCAGGUAGUCCAGGCUUGCAGCGGCGGCAGAGGAGAGUCCUGGACACUAGCUCCACUUAUGUGCGUGGGGAGGAGAAUCUCCAUGGAUGGAGACCCAGAGGGGACUCUCUCAUCUUUGAGCACCAGUGGGAGCUGGAGAAAAUCACUCGGCUGACUCAGGUGGAGCGCACCCGACACGUGCUGCUCCUCAGAGAGAAGCUGGGCCUUGGUUCUACCCCACACGCCUCAGGACACCACCAUGACUUCACCAAGAGUGAGAAGCCCCUUAUCAACCACCAUCAUCCUUUCACGCAGGAGGUGGCAAACCAAGCAGCCAAGGCAGGGUGUGAUGCACGUGCUGUCCUCACCCGCUACUCCUCCCGUGACAACCCCCAGGCUGACACUGAGACCAUGGGAGAGGCAGAGAAAGCCACUGCCUUGAAGUUUGCCAGACUCAUGCAGGGCCGGUCAGCACAGUCCCUCGCCAAACAGGAGAUGCCAGCCCAGACCCCAAAUGAUGAUCAGGAUGCCCUCACCACCUCAGUGACCUCCUCUUGUUCUUCCACCACCUCUGCUGAGCCAUCAUCCCCUGAGAGGCCCCGUGCUCCAGUGCCAGAGCUCCACAUCCCGCUUGGUGGCAGCGCCGUGGUGAACCAUGACUCCCCGCCUGCCAGCCCAGGAGACUCUCAGGACUCAUCCCCUCUGGUGGAGUGCCGCUCAAUGCCACUCUACGUGCCCGAGGUGGAGGAAAUCCGCAUUUCACCGGUGGUCAGCAGAAAGGGUUACCUCAAUGUGCUUGAUGACCGCACCAACACCUGGAUCAAGAGAUGGGUGGUGGUUCGUCGCCCUUACGUCUUCAUCUUCCGGGACGAGAGGGAUCCAGUGGAGCGUGGACUCAUCAACUUAGUCACUGCACAGAUUGAGUAUUCAGAGGACCAGCAGGCAAUGGUCCGUGUCAGGAAUUCCUUCAGUGUGGUCACCAAACAAAGGGGCUUCCUGCUGCAAACACUGGGAGACAAGGAGGUGCAUGACUGGUUGUAUGCCAUCAAUCCACUCCUGGCAGGGCAGAUCAGAUCAAAGUUGGGUCGCCGCAGUCGCCACACGUCGGGCGGCAGCCACCCCAACACCCUCUCAGUGCCCACUAAGUGAGGUGGAUACCCCCUCAUCAUCACCACCACCACCACCACUCCACCCUCAGCCUCCCUUCGGCGCCACCACUUUACCCGUGGCCCCUAAGGUGUCUCGGGUCCCUUGCCGCUCACCUACUGCAACAACAACAUCAACACUACUACUCCUCCUCCUCCUCCUCUUAGCCAGAAAGGAAGAAGUGGAAGUGGCGCUGCUACAUAACAGUACUACCACGUCUUAGUGUUUUCAUGUAUGUGUCAACCAGAAUAAUAAAUAAACACGUAUUCCAGAAGCUAAAAAGUAGUCGUGCGCGAGGAGGGUGGCCAAACGGAAAGAAAGGUUCUCCCUCCCACCUGUCAAGUGGUGGGAACACUCGCUGCGCCUUCGAGGCAAGGUGACAGUCGCACUGUGUUUCACCUUCAGGAGACGUGGCUGGCAGGGCCGCGUUGGUACCUCCUUCAGUCUGACCAUCAUUAUAUAUACAUAUAUUUUUUUCUGCCAACCCCUCCCCUUUAAAAAAAGCAUGUAGUAGAAGAGUCAGUACACUUGUCAUAUUUACAUACUACUAUACUGUCUGAGAGAGAUAGGAUGCCUCAUUCUUUGUAUCUGAUGGAAUUCUUAGUUUUGAAAGAUGUUCCAGUAAUGACUGCAUGACUGUCUAUUCUCUAGUCCCUAAGAUGACAAUACUACUAAAAAACUGAGCUUUAGAGAGACACUGCAGAUCCCUCUCAUCCCUCCCUCCCCAUGCCAUCCACAGACAUUCCAGUCCCCUUUAUUCUUGCAGUGUUUGCUGUGUUUCUCCUCCCAAAUAUUCAGUAAAUGAGGACAAACAAUAAUUUUCCCCAAUCAACUCUUUGUUCAUCCCAUGUGCUUGUUGCCUGUUGCUGUUCCUGGGCCCAACCAGUAUCACUCCCUUAUUGUGAUCAUUACUGUUGACUAAUUAGUGCUGCAAGAUGAUACACUAUUACCAAAUUAGGCAAAGAGAGACACACACACACACACACACACACACACACACACACACACACACACACACACACACACACACACACACAUUCAUAUCUGUGAUGUGUAGGAGUUAGGUAGGAUGUGAUGUCCUGCCACUCACAAACAUUCCUCUAGAGGGCUGAAUGUUUUAUAUAAGCCCAAACCAAUAGUGGCCUCACAUUACAUUAUGAAGACUUGUUUGUUUUGAAUUGUCAGGAACAUUUGUGAACUAUUUCUUUGCAUAGCUCAUCCCUUUCAACUCCCACAGCUUCUUUGGCCCUACCAUGUAAUUCUAGUCACUGCAGGCCAUGUCUGGUUACUGAAAGAUUAUGGGCUAAGUCAGGUUUGUAUGGAUCUUGUGUUUUUCCAUUAUGUUAUGCUGUAAAUACUUCCUCCUUUUUCAUAAUAUAAAAAUCUUCAUGUCCAGGUUUGAAUAUCGGAUCUAAUAAUGCCAUUGGCAGUUGCAUAUCACUGACAACAUUCUAGGGAGCAUUGAUGUUUUGCCUUAUUGCCCACACUCCAGGUUGUCUCACUCAGCACUCACCAGCCACUCACUCACAGCUCACUCACUUCCCCUCCUCAGGAUAACAUCAGUGACUCUCAUCUUGACAUCUUGCUGCAUUGAGGGUGUGAGGCCAGUGAGAUGAGGAUGGCCUGGGGGAGUAGUGAGCUGUAAUAGGUGCACAUAAAUAUCAACAGAUACACAUGCACAUACACACACAUACACACAUACAGUCUCUCAUCAUGGAUUUCAAACAUGAUUAGCAGAGAGCAUCAACAUUCCCCAGGCUAGAGUUGUGAAUAAGCAAUUCUUGUGAGUUGUGAUAUACAAAUAAAAGUAUAUAUAGUAUAAAUAAGGAUAUACGUAUAUAUAUGUAUGUAUAAAAUAAUUUUUUGAAGAGUGAGGAUUUAUAAGAUGCUGUAGAUGGCAGAUGAUUUUAAGGGCAACUUGAACACUAAGGUCAUAAUACACUAUAGUUUUAUGCUGAUCUGUAGGAAUCAGUCUACAACAGCUUCCCUGCCCCACUCAUAAAUGUAUAGAAGUCACCUGAGGGACUGCCGCAGCCUUUCCAGUCAUUCCACAACACAACAGUGAGCCCAACGGACUCACAAACAGCUACCAUGACCCACUACCAGACCAUUCAAGACCACACCAGUUUAUGAGACAAAGACAAAAACAUGGCAGAGAAAGAGUGAGAGAAUAUGACAGGUCUUAGUCAUAAAAGAUACCAACAGACUACCUGACAGAGUGCAUUUCACCCUGACUUGACCAUCAUCAUUGCCACUACUGCCACCAGAACCACCACCACCACUACCCACAUACGUAAAUCUGUACUCUUGCACAAAUGAGCUUGGCACAGAAAGAGUCCCUUGCCUUGAAGCUCCUUUACUCCUUAGAUAGUCACAGUGAGGUGGCAGGAGUUGGUCACGUGAUCUGGCUCUGGGACCCUUGACCUUAUAAAUCCUUGUCCAACUAUUCCCUUUUUUUCUUUCCCCAUCUUCCCGUCACUCCUCCCUCCCUUCACUCCCAACCAGAUCUCUCCACUGCGUGCUCUCCUCCUCAGCCUGUCAGCGCUAGCAUUCUGCCUCUGUGAUUGCCCACAGAAAGGCUCAUCUCUUGCCUUACUGUGAGGGAGUUGUGCUAGCUAGUGACAUCUUACGCCACAUGAGACCAGUCAUUAUCAGCCUUAAGUGGGCUUUCAGUAAGGCAUUCACUUGUUCAUAAAAGAGUAUUAGACAUUGAAAGAUAUUUUUGUUUUGGAAUACUCAGACUGGACUACCUAUAUCAUGUGAUGAAACAUUUCAUUUUACUUCCUCCCACCUCCUCCCACCCUUGUAGAAAGUUGUCAUAACAUAAACAGUAGAGAGUGAGAGAGAGACAGACAGACAGAUCAUAUUAUAUCAGGAUGUUAACCUGGUGACUUUAAAGAAUGAAACCAAAGAUGUUAGCUGGUAAGAAUAAGCGUACUAUCUUUAUCUAGUCACAAGCAUCACCAUUACACACCAAAGUAGAGUUUAUGUUAUCAAGAUAAUGUAUAUUGUUUUUGUUGGGUUGCCCAUUUGUUUAUUCAUAUUCAAGAGUUUAAAAAAUCAGAUCAAUGAUGACAAAGAAUACAGGAGGAUGUCCACUACCUCAGGACAACCUUCAGCUAUGGAUCACGACAUAUUUUUUUUAAGAAAAUUGCGAUUUGGAUAUUAAUAGCUAGUGAUAUUAUGUUAUGAUAGAGUAUAUCUCAAACAGUUAUUUAUGAAACUCACUGUAAAGCUUGAUGUUUACAAUGAUAUGGCCAAAUGUAAUAACUCA